AUGGUUAAAGCAUUACUUGCAGUAUCUUCAUAUCACGGCCCAUUCUACCCCAACGGCGACUACACUGGUGUGUUUGCAUCCGAGGCAAUCGAGCCAUUCUUGGAGUUGGCCCAGAAGGGGUACGAAAUCACCAUUGCUUCCGAAACAGGUGAGUACGACUACGACCCACACUCGUUGACCCCCGAGGCCUUGCAGGGAAAAGUCAAGGAGGUUUACGAAAACAAGGAUUCGUCAUUCAACACGGCCUUGAAGAAUAUCAAAAAAGCCUCCGAUUUAGUUGACGAAAAGUUUCAUUUGUUCUUUGCUAGUGCGGGACAUGCAACGUUGUUUGAUUACCCCAAGGCCAAGAACUUGCAAAAUAUAUUGCUCAAGACGUAUUUGAAUGGCGGGGUUGUCGCUGCUGUGUGCCACGGACCGGCCAUUUUUGAAAAUGUCGAAAACCCAGAAACUAAGCAACCUUUGAUCAAGGGCAAGAAGGUUACUGGGUUCACCGACAAGGGGGAGGAAGAGUUGGGCUUGGUUGACACAAUCAAGAAACACCACUUGUCAACUAUCAGGCAAAUUGCGGAGAAGGAAGGAGCCACCUAUGUUGAGCCAAAGGGACCCUGGGGUGCCUUUGCUGUUGUCGAUGGCAAGAUUGUCACUGGAGUUAAUCCGCAAUCGGCCUUUGCAACGGUGAGAGACGCGGUUGUUGCCCUUGAAUCGGUUGACAAUUAA